ACAUCCCAUCUGAAGACAUGCUGUGAUCCUCCCCAGCAUCCCAUCACAUCCUGGGCCCUUCCCCUUCAGUUCUGAAAGGAGGAGGGAAAUUCCCAUUUCCACGUCCUGUGGUUGUAUCCCCCCCACCCCCCCCCAAAAUUUUCCAGAUCCUGGGAGAAGGAAACCAAAUCUGUUGGGAAAGGAGGAUGAGGAGCAGCCAACAGGGUUCCCAGGGGCUGCUGCAUGGGGGACAGGGACAGGCUGGGCCCUUCCCCCCCUCUUUGGGAGCUCCAGUGUUUGUCCUGGGGGGAAUUUUAUCCUACACCCCCCUCGGGUGUGUCCCAGCCCCAGGUACCUCAGCCCUGUGGAUUCUGGGCAGCAGAGAUUUUCCAACAAAGAGAUUUUCCCGUUUUUCCAACCUUUGUCUCAUUUCUGCCUCACUCCUGUCCCCGUCUUGGAGGAAUGUCCCUAAAUCCCCAUCCCCUCCCCGUUCUGGCCUCCAAACUCCCGUUCCCUCCCUGUUUUGUCCCCCAGAUCCCCUUCCCCCCUGUUUGGCCCCCAAGCCCCUAUUAUCCCCCCCAUUUUUCCCCCCAUAAUUCUCCUCCUCCCAUUUUGCCCCAAACCCCUCGUACUGCCCCGUUUCCCCCCGGUUUGUCCCCUCGGUUCCCGGUCACUCGCUGCCACGUCAGGGCCUCGUGCUCCGGGCGAUGAUUCUGCCCCGGAGCCCCGGGCUGACUCAGCCCCCGCUGUCCCCACAGAGGUCCAGGUCACAUGGGGGGGGGGGGUGGCCCCUCUCUUGGGGACCCCCGUGGGGUCGGGGUGACGAGGACACAGCCCCACCUUGGUGCUGCUCCAUCCCUCCUCUCCCCUCCUGGUCCCGGGGAUGAUCCGUCCUUGUUCCCGUGGCUGGAGGGUGGCAGUGGUGACGGUGUCCAUGUCCCCGGUGUGACACGGCUGGGAUGGCUCUGGUGCCCUUCCUCCUUGUGGUGGCAGGAGCCGCGUGACGAGGUGACACUCGCUGCACAAAGCACCCUCCAACCCCACCUCCCCCAGCCAGGGACCCCCAAACUGGGGACGGGGAGGCAGCCCCGGGUUGGGGACAGAGGUGGGCUCCUGUCCUCCGUUCCUGCUGUCACACCAUGUCCCCGAGCUGCCGUGUCCGGCUGCUCCUGAGGGAAGUGGGCGCUCAACUCCGUCCAAUUCGGCCACGGGGAGGACUUGGGGACAAGGUGGGUGUUCCCCAGGGCAGCAGAAUGUCCCCAGGGUGGCAUGCCGGGACAAGAGAAUGUCCCCAGGGCAGCAGGACAUCCCCAAGUUGGGAUGCCAGGACAAGAGGGUGUCCUUGGGGCCAGGAUCCUUGGGACAGGUGGGUGUCCCCAGGGCAGAACGCUGGGACAGGAGAACGUCCCUGGGACAGGAGGGUGUCCCCAGGGCAGAACGCUGGGGACAGGAGAAUGUCCCAGGGACAGGAGGGUGUCCCCAGGGACAGGAGGGUGUCCCCAGGGACAGGAGGAUGUCCCAGGGACAGGAGAAUGUCCCAGGGGCAGGAGGGUGUCCCAGGGACAGGAGGGUGUCCCAGGGACAGGAGGGUGUCCCAGGACAGAACGCUGGGGACAGGAGAAUGUCCCAGGGACAGGAGGGUGUCCCAGGGACAGGAGGGUGUCCCAGGGACAGGAGGAUGUCCCAGGGACAGGAGGGUGUCCCAGGACAGAACGCUGGGGACAGGAGAAUGUCCCAGGGACAGGAGGAAUGUCCCAGGACAGAACGCUGGGGACAGGAGAAUGUCCCAGGGACAGGAGAAUGCCCCAGGGGCAGGAGAAUGUCCCAGGGGCAGGAGGGUGUCCCAGGGACAGGAGGGUGUCCCAGGGACAGGAGAACGUCCCAGGGCAGAACGCUGGGACGGGAGAAUGUCCCAGGGACAGGAGAACACCCCAGGGACAGGAGGGUGUCCCCAGGGACAGGAGGGUGUCCCAGGGACAGGAGAACGCCCCAGGGACAGGAGAACACCCCAGGGACAGGAGGAUGUCCCCUGGCUCAGGGGACAGGAGAACGCCCCAGGGACAGGAGGGUGUCCCAGGGACAGGAGGAUGUCCCCUGGCUCAGGGGACAGGAAAAUGUGCCAGGGACAGGAGAGUGUCCCCAGGGAUAGGAGAACCGGCAUAAAAGCGCAGCGGCCGCGGCUCCCGCAGGCCCCGUCCCGGCGCUCCCACCGACGGCUCCGUGCUGGGUAA